AUGUCUUCGGCGCUCACACUCGACACUCUAUGCGACGACGUUCUGCUCACUAUCUUUGGCCAAUAUCUGGACCUCAGGAGUCAACUGCGAGUCCAACGGGUCUGCAAACGAUUCAAUCAUAUUAUCGAUGAUGUGUUUGCCGGCAGAGGAGCUCUUGUCUUAAGCGAUCGUCACUUCGGGACCAACUGUUACGACCAGAAUGUGGGCCACUAUUGGCAGCAAUCCGUGCAGACGUUGUCUGAGGCGAGAGAUGGCCUUUGGAUGCGAACCACGAGAGGACUCAAACUCAUGGCUCCGAUUGAUAUUCAGAUGCUUUGCCUCAAGAGAUACCCGAAUCUAAAAGAGUUGUGUCUUGUGGUCAACAAUUCAACCAACUUAUCACUACUGGAUCUGAUCGCCGCUAACUGUGGACCAAAUGUUCACAAACUGAUUCUCAUCGCCGGCGGACACAAGUUGUCAUUCACUGACAAAAGCGUUGACCACUUCUGCGACCGAUUCACACAAUUAACACACUUUGAACUCAACGUGUGUUCAAUUGCGGCCACAAAAGAGUGCUUUCAUAAGCUAUUGAAUCGAUUCCAACGUUUGGAUGUCUUGAAGAUAAGAGCCCAACACCUCUUCACUCAUAGCCAAACUCAAGACGAGUAUUGUCUGACAGACGAGUGUUUCGCACAAUUGAGUCACCGCUUGACCACAAUUGAUGUCUCCAAUGUUGUCCUCAACAGUCAAUCCAUCCAAUCGUUGGCACAAAAGGGUUGUCUUCGAAGUGUCAAGCAUUUAGGAGUCUAUAAAUUGAUCCCAAACUCAAUGCAAGUCAUUUGCAAUCAUUUGUCUGGUUUAGAGUCGCUCUCGUUCUCAAUGAACGCUGGAUUAGAUGUUAGGAACACUCGAAGAAUGAUUGGAUUUGUGACACAACUAACAGAUCUGAAGACAUUGAAAAUUGUAUGGUUUGGCAGAGAUGUCGGUCAUAACAGUCCCGAAGUUUGCCGAACGACUCUCAAUGCACUCAAGAAUUGUCACAAUUUGAAGACAUUUGGCAUUCAGGAGGCGGUUAUUAACAGGCAAUCAAUGGAUGACAUGUGUGUCUGUCUUCCGGUGACGACGACUUUGGAACUGAUGAACUGUUCGCUCAAUGAAACCACAUUCCAGACCAUCGAUCGGUGGCUUCAACUCAAACAACUCAUUGUUCGCAACGACUAUAAGAGAGUAGUGUUCGGAAUGGACUCAACGAACGCACGACUGGCCGACGAUAUGACCGAAACAUGUCUUGAAAUGGGAUUAAUUGAUCGACCGAUAGAAGCGAUGGCUGCGGCGAAUGCAGAUGCGGUGCCAGUAAUUGGCGUUCAAAACCAUAACGGGUUGGAAUUGUUUGACGACUUCUUCGGCGCUCAUAUCGCUAAUGGAUUCCAUAAUGUGGUCAACGGAUUCAUGCAAUUUGAUGACAACGAAGAGUUGAUUGAUUUUGUCGUAUAUGAACAAUAA